AUGUUCAAAGCCCUCAUGGGCGGGGGCCGGUCCGAUACCCGAAGCACGACCAGCUCCAGCUCGAAAAGCCGACGCAGAGCCGAUUCUUCCAAAUCCUCACAUAGCCGCAAAUCAUCACGGGGUGACGACCGUGACCGUGGCUUGGAUGAACCGCCUUACCCCCCGUCGGCCUCGGGCAGCAGACACGGUCCCUCUAGUGUCGCUGGCGAUUCUGUCGCAUCGACCUACAUGACCGCCGAGCCAGAACCCAUUGGCAGCCCGGAUCCUAUGAUAAUUGAACGGACUCCCAAACGCAGAGACAGUGACCGGGAGAGCAAGAGCUCUCGCCGCCGCACCCGCGACCGAUCGGAAAGUCGAGAGCGCGAUAAAGGGAAGAGUCGUCGCAGUGUUGUCGAUGGGAUAUAUGAUGAUGACGUGGAUAAUGAACGCGACCGUCGUGAGCGCCAGCGCACACAGCCUGUGGAACCGUACGUGCCACCUAUCUCUACAGCUAUGCCAUCUAGCGCACCGGCUGCGCAAUUUCCUAUCGACAUGGGCGCGCCGGGAUUUUCGCAAUUCCCCGGACAGUUUCCCCCCGGACCAUCCUCUGGCUCGCCUCAUCAUGAUGCCUCACCUCAUCAUGUUGUCUCACCGCCAGCUCCGUUUGAUCCACAUGUCCAGCAGCAGUUUCCUGGCCAGUUUCCGGUCACGUCGGCGGGACCUUAUUAUCCCCCAAACAACCCUGCUGGCGCUGCUGCGGACUACUAUGGCGAUCAAGGACAAUCUGUUGGUGAGCAGCCGGGAGUUCGGCCUCACAAGCCGGCAAUAAUCCCUAAUAGCCAGGCGCAUCUGAUGGCGGCCUCGCCGUCAGCCAACCCCCCUCCCGAGCCCAGUAGUCUUGGUGAGCUUGGGGCUGCGGCAGCUUAUUUUGACAAUGAUUUUCAAGUCCCCGCUGUGCCAGCGAAUACCACGUCUUCCAAGCCUCCCAAGCCUGGCAAGGUCGAAUCCAAGCCUAGCAAGAUUUCAUCGUCAGGCGCUGUCCCUGCUGUUGCAGCAGCUGGAGCAGCUGCUUAUGGAUUAAGCAAUGCUAUGUCCUCUCACCACAGCGAAUCCUACAACGCAACGACAGCUAUCCAUCAAUCUAACUCGUACUCGCAGCCCGCUGUCCCAAAUAGCAGCGUUCCAAGUGCCAACAAGCCUCCUCAAUCCCAUGGCAUCGGUGCUGGUGUUGGCGUCGCAGCUGCAGGCGCGGCUGCCGGAUACAUGCUUGGCCAUCAACAUCAUUCAUCUAGCCCCGAGCAUUCAUCACAAUAUACCUUCCAAAAUUAUGAUCAGCCUCACUCGGCUGGUCUGCCCCCUCAUGGCUCUGGUCCUAAUAAUGCCGUCAUACCCGGAGGCCCCGAAGGGUACCCCAUGCAAAACCCUGGCUUUUAUCCCCAUGGAACUGGUGCCCUUGCUAUGCGACACCGCCCACAAGGUCCUCUUUCGAAGUUCGCAGACUUUUGGCGUGACCCAGAAGGUGUCGGCAGGUUCGAAGACUACACAGAGUUCAUUGGUGUCUGCAAGUACUGCUUUGAGCCUGGAUCUAGCUGUCUUGAUGCUCCUCGCAAGCACCAUUAUCAUGGGCGCCGGCACUCUUCUGAUCGCUACAGCAGUAGUAGUGCUUCUCGAGUAAGCAAGCUCAGUCGAUACCAAUCGUCGGAAGACGAAAGCCGUCGACGCAAAAAGUCACACAGGUCAAACAAGUCUACUUCCUGGCUUCCAGCACUGGGUCUCUUUGCUGGUAAAGAAUUCAAAGACUCUUAUAGUGUUCGCCCUAGCCGAGUCGUAGAUGACCGUGUUUCGUCCUACGACGCUGAAACUACCUCGGUUUCCGACCGCAGGAGUUAUACUUCUCGAGGCGUGAUCCGCCGACCUGGCUCCCCAAGAGAGCAUUAUCCCGAAUCGAGACAUUCUCAUCGAGCCGGCUCACGGUCCCGAUCAUCGUCGCCCUCUGGUCGUCAUUCAUUCGUGAAGGAGGCAGCGCUGGGAGCUGCAAUUGGUGGUGCAGCGCUGGCUGUUGCGAAAUCAAACCAGCGAUCCCGCAGCCGUUCUCCUUCUCGAGUACAACGACGCAAAGAGUCUUCUUCCAGCUCAUCUUUCCUUGAUGUCUCUCGGCCUUCCAAAUCCGGCGGUGGAUUUACCUCAUUCUUUACUUCUUCAUCGGAUAAUCGCAAGAAGCAGAAGAAGAAACGGACCAAGCGCAAAGGCUUUUUCUCUUUCAACAGCUCGUCAUCAUCCUCGCUUGAUGCUGAUUUGGCCUUUGGAACUGGCUUCUCAAAGAAGCUCAAGUCCAAAAAGGAGAAAAAGGGAAAGAAGAAGGAGAAUGUGGAUGCGGCGCUCCUGGGUCUAGGGGCUACAGCAACUGCUCUUGCUGCUUCGUCCCCUGGUCGUGGUCGAACCACUGGCCAGAUACUCACUACCAAAGACGUUCGAUCUCGCCGUUCCAACUAUACGUCUUCGGGCAACGAAGAAUCAGAAUGGAUUGAUGCCGAAUCGGACGACCAAUCAUCUGAAAGUGUCGCCUCUGCACUCGCAUUUGGAGGUAGUAGCGCUGAUUCGGGAUCAGACUCGAGCCGCAGUGGCUGGGGUUUCUUCGGGUUCAACAAAAAGAAGAAGAAGAGCAAGAAGGAUAAGAGAUCCUCUCUUGGCAAUGCUGCCCUGGCUUCAGGUGUCGGUGCCCUUGGAGGUGCCGCUCUAGCUUCUAUCGCUCGUGACCGCGACAGCCGAGUCUCAAAUAGCUCUGGAAGCCUCCAGCAAGUUUAUCCCACCGCGACCUCCGACCCGACUCGAUUUGACGCUACCAGGGUAUCUCCAUCGGUAAUGUCAGGCGAACCACCUCUGGUCCGCCCUGGUCCUAUUCCGCUGCAGCAGCCUCAACCCGUUACGCCUGUUUCUCAAGCCGUCUACACCACUCAAGGGGGUCUACCAGCCUCAAUCCCUGCAUACAGUGCUCCUGAGGCGCCUCUUGUUUUUGCCAGCGAUUCUGUAUUUGAUCAGCACUUCCAAGGCUCCCGAGACCCGGCAGGAGUCGCUGAAGACCGUCAAUAUGAUCGCCGGAAGCACCGGCGCAGUGACUCUUCCCCCAUUUUCCCCAUCCAAGAGAGUUUCAUCUCUGGUCCAAAGCGUCGAUCUACCACUAGAGAAGCAGCCUCUGUGUCUUUUGACCUGACAGAAAAGCAAGAGGAACAGCAACGUCUUCGCGAAAAGCACGCACCUUCAAUUGCGGACAAUACCUAUCCAGCUGUGCAGUUGAUCGAUCGUGAAGCGGAAAAUGCUAAGCGAGAGGAAGCUCGACGGGAGUUUGAGCGUCAAGAGCGGCGUCGCAGAGAGCAAGAGGAUGAGGACCGUCGCCGCAGACAGCAAGAAGAUGAAGAUCGUCGCCGCCGAGAGCAGGAGGCUGAAGAUCGUCGCCGCAGACAGCAAGAAGACGAGGAUCGUCGUCGCAGAAAACAAGAAGAUGAAGAUCGUCGCCGUGAUGCUCCUACAGAAAAAGAUUCAUCAUCUUGGGUCGAGGCUGCCGCCAUCAGUGCCUUGGGUGGUGCUGCUACUAGUACUCUUAUCUCAUCUCGCAAGACCGAUUAUCCAGAAGCCUCGGAGGCCAGCUCAGAUCGUUACAGCAAGCGACGAGAGAAGCGCCGCAAAGAGCGAGAAGAGAGCCGCAUGGAAUCAUCCAUGGUCUCAAGGCCUGAUGUGACUAUGCCCGUUGAAGAGCCAGUGGCACCUGUGCUGCACGAAGAGGAGGAAAAUAAGAACUUGCCUCAUCGCAGCCCCCGAUCAUCCCCUGUCUAUGAAAGCUAUGCAGACUUCUACGCCCCCGACCUCCAUGGCAGCUCUGACCAAGACAAACACAGUCGUGACUCGGAAGAUCGACCGAACAUUGUUGAAGUAGUGCCUGCUAGCGAGCGUGAGCGAGAGCAACCCGAUAUCUCCAAAGAUAUGGAUUUGGAUCCGCACCCGUUCGCACGGGAGCCUUAUGAAGGCUAUGCUCUUCCGUUCAGGGUGCCCGCACUCACUUACACCAAGCCCACUCCUGAUCAAAGUGUCAAUGGAUCUGCAUGCGGUAUUAAUUCUCCCAUCGCUCCUCCUGAUGCAUCUGUCGAACAUGUGUACGAACACGAGCGUCGAGCAGAUCCAGAAGCUGAGCCCGGACCCCAACAUCUGCCUGAGGUUGAGCCCGAGCAUGAACCGGAAUAUGCACCUGAACCAGAAGUCAAAUCACCUGAGCGAUCCACGACUGGCUCCCGAGUUUCCUGGGGCCACGACAAGACCCAUGAAUAUGAAACAAGAGAGUUUCCCAUGACUACUUCGAAAGAAGACAAGAAGCAAGUCAGUGACAAGGACUUCGGUAAUGACAUUGAAUUUGCUGCUAUCAUCGCCGCUGGAACCGAAGCAGCCGGAUUUGACCCUUCUGUCGUCCUCAACGAUCCCAAGUACCACACGCGUACCUCACCUCCUGGAUCAGAGGAUGAGGGAGUCUUUUCUCCUCGCUCGAAGUGGGGCUACGAGAAGGAAGUGCCCCAUGGCUUUGUCGAAGGAGAAGUUGAGAGUCACGAGCUUGAUCAGUCGAAAGAUGUCCAACCUCCCGAGCAUGUGAUUGAGAACAAGCCUUUCUACUCUGAGCCUGAGUACAUCACAAAAGAUCAAGCUCCAUUCCCCGAAGCUCGUGAAAAGGGGUCGAUUGCACAACAGGUCAUGGAAGAGUUAGAUAGGAAAUCCUCACCGCCCAGCUACGCUGAGCAUGAUGUUUUCUCCAUGCCCGGUGGAUUUGAUACCCCCGCUGAGCCUGCAGAGUUUGCGCAGUCUCACAAUGAUUCUCGAUCCGUUUUCUCUGCCCCCGUUGGAAAAGAAAUCGAGAAGUCCAGAAAGUCUCGCCAAAGUAGCGAUGACUUUGAUUUGUCACGUGAAAUUGCGCCGGCUGCCCUUGAAGGUGCCGAAGUCAUCGAUAAUGAAGAGAAGAAGAAGCAUCGCAAGCGUCGCUCUAAGCGUGACAGCGACACAUUCUCAGUUGAUGCUGAAUCUGUAGUCACUGUGGAUGAUGAUGAUAAGUCCGAGCGUCGUAGGCGCCGUCACCGCUCCUCACGGGAGGACGAUGAUGCGGCAUCCACAUUCACCGUUGAAGACGAUGAUGGAAAAACCGAGCGCCGUAGGCGUUCUCACCGUUCCCGUGAUGACGACGACGCUGCAUCCACAUUCACUGUUGAUGAUGAUGACAAAUCCGAGCGUCGUAGACGCCGUCACCGCUCUUCCCGCGACGACAACGAUGAUGCUGCAUCCACAUUCACUGUUGAGGAUGAUGAUGGAAAGUCCGAGCGCCGUAGGCGUUCCCACCGCUCUAAGCAUGGCGAUGUUGAGGAUGAUGCGCGAUCAACCCGUUCCACCCGAUCUGUAGGUGAGGAUGAUGGGAAGUCCGAACGCCGCACGCAUAGUCGCCAUUCCUCCCGAGACAGUAUAGCUGAUGACCGGGAUAAGCGUCGCGGCAAGGACGAAAAGGAAAAGUCCGGGGGUAUCUUACGCAGUCUCUUUGGCUCCCGGGUUUCAGCACCAGAAGAGCGUCGUUCAUCCUCGAGAUCUUCAUCGCUUGACAAGCGCGUCUCUCGGGAUGCUGUUUCUGAAGCUGGGGUUGACGAUGAAAGACGUCGACGCAAGAAGCGGUCUUCAAGCUCUCGACACAGCUCUAGCGGCGAUAAGUUGGAAGGCUAUGAUUCGGACAAGGUAAGCGUAAAGGACGACGCAAAUUUGGAGGAAUACAGAUCGAAGAGACAAGAGAAGGAAGAGCAGCGUCGACAACGCUACGGUGACAUUGUCGACUCGGGAAGACGUCGGGAAUCUGAGAAGGUAUAA